AUGUCAAACCGGUUUUGUAGCUAUGCGCGUCUUACACCAUCGUCAACCUCACCCGCACUUGCACAUCCCGCUCGUACCAACACACCCGCCCGCCGACCACUUCCACGCGCCGGAGAAGAUCACCAACAACCCUCCACUUGCUGGCGCGCGGCGGACCCCAUUCCCCCUCUUAUCGCCCCGAUUCAGCUCACGCUCUACCCACAUCUCGGAGGAAAGAGGACCACCGCAGACCGGCAUCCCGCCUACCCAAGAUAUCAUCAACACCCAGAGGUUAACCCUCAAGCACAGAACACCUCGAGGCCAAAUCUGCCCACACUUCGACCUAACUCCGACCCCACUCGUACCUGGUCAUUCCUCUACCGCCCAUAUCUCUCUCGUCGAGGUCCUGCGCCCCCGCUCGACGUCCCGUUUCUACGCGCGCUCGGAAAUACGGCGAUACCUACAACAUACAUGCACUACUUGGACCUCCUGCGCCGCUCUCGCAAGUGCACGUUCUCGCAUCCUCUACGAUAG